UACACGCUCUUCCUCCAGGCCGCAGCCACUGCCUCCGACAUGAGGACACACCUGGCUGUGAUGAGCGCCCUGCUGGCGUUGGCUGCCGCCGCCCCUAAGGCCUCCCCAGGCUUCCUCUCCUCUUUCCUGCCGCCGCCGCCGCCCCCACCGGAGCGGUUCGAGGACUACGACUACAACGACUACGGCGGCGGCAACGGCAACGGCAACGGCAACGGCAACGGCAAUGGCGGCGGUGGCGGCGGGAACGGCGGGGGCGGCACGGACGGCGCGCUGCUGGGCGGCUACUCGUACGUGGACACCAACGGCCACCUGCAGAGCGUGCACUACGUCAGCAACGGCUUCCGCCUGCUGCACACCUACCCCGCCUCGGAGGUGAAGCCGCAGCAGCCUCAGCUGCAGCACCACAAGCCGGCCCCGCCGCCGCCUCCGCCACCACCACCACCGCCGACCACGACCACCACGACCACUACCCCACCGCCCAGUCAGAACGGAGGCGGGUUCUCUGUGAACGGCAUAGGAGGCUCCAGCGCCGGCGGCGGCAGCUUCAAUGGUUUCGGCGGCUCUGGCAGCAGCUUCGGCAGUGGAGGCGGCGCCGGUGGCGCCAGCGGCAGCGGCAGCGGAGACGUCCACUCGCUGAACAAGUUCUUCUACUCUUUUACUGACCCCACCACAUUCGCCACGGCCAACACGGGCUUCCCCGUCCAGCACAACACGUACCUCGCGCACUCCGGCUACCCGGUGGCGCCGUCCAACCUGUACGGCUACGGGUACGCCCCUGCCGCCCCCGCGGCCGUCGCGACUGCCGUACCUGCGCCGACGGCUGCGACGUACACGGCUCCCGCGCCGAUCACGUACACGGCCCACACGUACGCCGCCGCAGCGCCGGCGAAGAUCACGUACACGUCCGCCGCGCCGGCCAAGAUCGCCUCGUUCGCCGCGGCCCCGGCUCCAGUCGCCACGUACACCGCCGCCGCCCCCGCCGCCGUCACGACGUACACCGCCCCAGCGCCGGUAGCGACGUACACGGCGGCCGCCGCUCCAGCUACGGUAACGUACACCGCCCCCGCGCCCGCGACCUUCACGUACACGGCCCCCGCGCACCCCACCACCCUCACGUACGCGGCGGCGGCUCCCGCCCGCAUCGCGACGUACGCCGCUCCGGCGCCCGUAGCGACGUACGCGGCGCCAGCCCCCCUGCCGUACGCGGCGACAGUGCUGCCGGGGGUGCAGACGCAGUACCACGCGCAGGGCGAGCUCGGCCAGUACACGUACGGGUACGUCGGGCAGCUGUCGGCCAAGCACGAAGCGGGCGGCGGCGACGGCACCGUGGCCGGCGGCUACUCCUACCUGGACGCGAACGGCGUCGUGCAGACGGUCAAGUACCUGUCGGACGACCUGAACGGCUUCCGGGUGGCCGCCACCAACCUGCCCGUAGCGCCCUCCGACCACAGCCGCCAGCAGCCGCCCCCGCAACAGCCUCCGCAGCAGCAGCAGCAGCAGCCGGACCAGAGGCCCGGCGACUCCGGCUUCGUGGUGCCGAUGUCGGUGACCGAGACGCCGGAGGUGAAGGCGGCACGCAGAGCUCACGAGGCGGCGCACCGAGAGGCCAUCGCGAGGAACAUGAACAUGUCUGACUAGGCUGCCAGGCGCCCACCCUGCACGGGCAGCACCGCGAAAUACCGGCCAAAAAGCAACCCGACCGCUCUAUCUAGUUGUCGUCUUCGAAACUAAUUGUAAUCCGUACACCCGCGACCACUAGCAGGGUAAUCACUUUACCCCAUCAGUUUCCUACCUACAGAUCCAUGAAACACGUUGUACGAAUUAGACUUUGCUCUCCCAGCGCAGUAGUUCACGCGUUUUCCAUCUUUUUCCUCUCACACACUACUUUGCCCGACAGUCAUCGUAGCAGCUGUCGAAUUCAUAUCAAUUUCAACAUAAAACUAGGGAACACAUUUUAUUUUGUUUAUUAAUCCCGUUUAAGAUUCUGGCCAAUUUAGAUGUAAGAAUGGUGGAAAUGUAUAACUGUAGCCUUUGAGAGCAGGUAUCCAAUUUAAAAAAAAAAAUUCUAAAGUCUUAAACACGUCAUCUUAAAUAAAAACAACCUGAAUUUUUGCUGUUGUUGCAGAUAACUUUCAUCAGUGAAUAUUAAGUAGCACACACCUCCCUGGUGAUCUGAUAAAUGCUAUUCAUACAAUCAUUAACUGGCUUCCUGUUUCUAAGGCCGUCGUCUGGUGACAACAACGAUAGCUCGAGAAGCCGAAAGCAAGUUCAUGAUAAAAUCAAUAACAUUUUGCAGAAGAUCAGCAAAGUUUUUUUCCAUCUGUCAUAUUUUGUUGAGCAGACAAAACUGAAUUCAAUGUUCCUCAGGACAAUUCACUCAAAGGCUGCCUAUCAAAAUAGCCGACACGUUGGCCUUCGAAAAAAAUUCCCUUUUAUUCCUGCAACAACAGUGAAUCAAAAAUGUCAGUACCCUAUGUAGAGGUGUUUCAGUAGGUUACAUGUUUCAGUAGCACCAAGUACAUACAGCGCGUGCCCAGAGUGAAUGUCGUAAGGACUACUCUUUACAAACGUAUAGUUUUGUGUGCCAUCGAUUUCUUGUCAGACUAAUUUCUAAAUUGAUUACGAUUGUUUCA